AUGUCCCAAGAUGGUACAACACCAGCUCCAGCAUCACCAACACUAGAUAUGAUGGCAAUGAUGAUGCAGAUGAUGCAACAGCAAACCCAGCUUAUACAGCAAAUGCAGGAAAAGAAAACUUUCAAUAAACCUGCAAAGAACUCACAAGAUCUUGAAGCUGGACUCAAUGCUCUCAGGAACGACUACAAGAGAGAGCAGAUGACGUUUAGGAAGAAGGGUGAUGAAGAUUAUGAGAAUGAUCCGAUCGAGGAAGACGAGAUCAAGUCCACUGCAUCCACAAAGACCCUCCAGGAUGAAAGAGAUGAUGAGGGAUUCCUUACCAAGUCUCAAAGACUCUUUGUCCUUGAGUUCUUCACGAUCUCUGCCUUGAGAUCUAUGAGGAAUUGGAAGGGUCGCGUUCCAAGUGGCUCAAACAAGCGCGAACUACUCAUGACCGCAGUACCGCUCACUAAGACAAAAGUCCAGCUCAUGGACUUUAUCCUUUCCGCUUGUCCCGACGAGAUCUAA